CGGCGCGGGCGGGACUUUGGCUUUGACACCGCGGCUGGCGGCUGGCGGGAGGCGGGUGGAGGAUCCCGGCUGCAGGCAGGGUGCGCUCAGCACUUGUGUGUGUGUGUGUGUGUGUGUGUGUGUGUGUGUGUGUGCGCGCAUCCACACAACUGCGGCGACGCCGAAGGUCCCGGUGCAGCCCGGGCUGCUGGAUUUCCCCGCCGCCUCCCGGAGAGUUUCUCUCAGAAAGAAUCGGGACGCGCCAUCCCGGGCAGCGGGGAAGGGAUUCCCGGGCCCGGCCACCUACCUGCACCCGCGCUGGGCACCAGAGCUGGGGGCAGGGGUCCGAGCUGCCCCGCCCGGGCUGGACUCUGUCUUUGGAGCCGCAGGUGGAAGGACACCCCGGGGGCGCAUCCGAGAAGGGGGCCAAAGGAAACACACUUCUGCACAGUCUGGGCAUGGGGAGUUAGCGUUCCCAUGAACAUCUUCUGAACCCGGAACAUGGUUUGCCUGUGAGGUCUAUUGACCAUCAUUAUCUUCUGUACUGAGGCCUUCCUCGGCCCCUGAUCCUGGCUGGCCAUGGGGAGCACCCUGGGCUGCCACCGCUCCAUCCCCAGGGACCCCUCGGAUCUCUCCCACAGCCGCAAAUUCAGCGCAGCCUGCAACUUCAGCAACAUUCUGGUGAACCAGGAGCGGCUUAACAUCAACACGGCCACGGAGGAGGAACUGAUGACUCUACCCGGGGUGACGCGGGUGGUGGCACGCAGCAUCGUCGAGUACCGCGAGUACAUUGGUGGCUUCAAGAAGGUGGAGGACCUAGCCCUGGUCAGUGGUGUGGGUGCCACCAAGCUGGAGCAGGUCAAGUUUGAGAUCUGUGUGAGCAGCAAGGGCAGCUCUGCGCAGCACUCCCCCAGCUCUGUCCGGCGGGACCUGCUGGCUGAACAGCAGCAGCAGCAGCAGCCUCACCACUUGGCCACGUCGGGGCCUCUCACACCGAGGGUCAACAUCAACACUGCCACACCAGCCCAGCUCCUGAGUGUGCGCGGCCUCACGGAGAAGGUGGCUGUCAGCAUCGUGGACUACCGCCGGGAGCAUGGCCCCUUCCGCAGCGUGGAGGACCUGGUGAGGAUGGAUGGCAUCAACGCGGCCUUGCUAGACAGGAUCAGGCACCAGGUCUUUGCUGAGCGGUCCAGACCGCCAUCCACCCACACCAACGGGGGCCUGACUUUCACCGCCAAGCCUCACCCUAGCCCCACCUCGUUGAGCCUGCAGAGUGAGGACCUGGACCUUCCACCAGGGGGCCCCACUCAAAUCAUCUCCACUCGGCCUUCUGUAGAGGCCUUUGGUGGCAUGAGGGACGGGCGCCCUGUACUGAGGCUGGCCACCUGGAACUUGCAGGGCUGCUCCGUGGAAAAGGCCAACAACCCUGGGGUGCGAGAGGUGGUGUGCAUGACACUCCUGGAAAACAGUGUCAAGCUUCUAGCUGUGCAAGAACUACUUGACAGAGAAGCCCUGGAAAAGUUCUGUGCCGAGCUGAACCAGCCAACCCUGCCAAAUAUUCGCAAGUGGAAGGGGCCUCGGGGCUGCUGGAAGGCCGUGGUUGCUGAGUCACCCUCAACUCAACUCCAGAAGGGGCCUGGGUUCACUGGGUUCCUGUGGGACACGGCCGCCGGGGUGGAGCUGAGGGACGCCGUCUGGCAGGAGAGCUCACCUGGCAAUGGGCACGGGAAGCCAGAGGGCCCCAGCCCAUACCUUGCCCGAUUCAAGUUGGGAAGCAACGACGUGACCAUGGUCAACCUGUACCUGACAGCCCUGAGCUUCCAGGCUGGGGAGAACCCAAACAAGAAUCAUAAUGACGGCUGCCGCCUGGCCAGCUUCACGCAGACCCUGCAGGAAACCCUAAAAGGAGAAAAAGAUGUGAUUGUUUUAGGGGAUUUUGGCCAAGGUCCAGACAGCUGUGACUAUGACAUCCUGAGGAAAGAAAAAUUCCACAAUCUGAUCCCUGCACACACCUUCACCAACAUCAGCACUAAGAACCCUCAGGGCUCAAAGUCUCUGGAUAACAUCUGGAUCAGUAAGAGCUUAAAGAAGGUUUUCACAGGUCACUGGGCCGUGGUGCGGGAAGGCCUCACAAACCCCUGGAUUCCGGAUAACUGGUCCUGGGGAGGAGUGGCCUCUGAGCACUGUCCUGUGAUGGCUGAAUUUUACACUGAAAAGGACUGGAACAAGAAGGAAGGCCCAAGGAACAGCAACGGGGUCACCUUGGAGCGAAGCGAAGCCAACAUUAAGCACGAGCGAUGAUGACACCCACCAGGCUCCUCUCUGCGCCUCUCCACUCGAGGGCCCAGCCCAGGAGUCAGCUCUCCCCACGGAGCUGCAGAGCGACAAGUGUCUUCUGCUUCUUCUGAUGUCUGCUCCCGGCCCUUGGCCCGCCUGCCCUCCCUACGGUGAUCUCUGGACAUCAGAUGGGGCAGGAAUAGGCUUGGUCCUCACAGUGCCAGAUAGACAAACUGGAAGCAUCUGUCCUGGGGGUGUGGCCACCUUAGCAGAUACAGCUGUCUGUCUGUCCCCUGCUGCCUGGUCACAGCUCACGCGGACGAUGGCAACACACAGCAAAGGAGAAAGUGAGACAACAGGCUGCCGCCCUCAACCGGAUACUCAAGUCUGACUGGUGCACCAGUGCGCUGCUCUGGUUGAGACUCCAUGAAGCUUUUAACUGUGAUUGAGCACUUUUCUAAAAUAUUUUGAGUGGUGAAUUUUUUUGUUUGUUUUAUUUUGAAAAGAAAAUAAUAAAGAGAUGAAACUGACCAGA